CGAAAAAAUGGGAUGAAAAUUUUGUUGUUGCGAAUUUAUGGGAAGAAGACGAAGACCUGAUUUUGGUCCGAAAAAUUUUCACGGAAGAAUUUUUGACGAAAUUUGCUAAAGCGUAUAAAAAUUACGAAGCCGGGGAGUGGGAAAAAGCGGCUAAUAUUUUAAAUGAGACUAAAGAGGCUCUUGGUUAUGAGGAUGGGCCGAGCAUGGUUCUGCUGAAGUUUAUACAGUCUUAUGGGUGUACUCCGCCGAGGAGUUGGAAGGGUUAUC